CUCCCUACGAGAAAGCCUUCCCCUGCUCUUCAAAAUUUGCCCAAAUCCAAUACUUGAACAGAAACAACAAUGGAGGUCGUGUCCAAACCAGCUAUUGAACAGUUGUCAUGUAUAAGAAACUGCAAACCCACCACAUUAUUUUCUGGAGUCCCCAUAAUAGACCUCUCUAAAACCGACUCCAAACACUUCCUUGUUAAGGCCUGUGAGGAACUUGGAUUCUUCAAGGUUGUCAACCAUGGAGUCCCUGUGGAAUUCAUUUCCAAGCUUGAAUCUGAAGCUCUCAGCUUCUUCUCAUUACCUCUUUCUGAGAAGGAGAAGGCAGGCCCUCCUAAUCCCUUAGGCUAUGGUAACAGAAGCAUUGGACCAAACGGCGAUGUGGGCUGGAUCGAAUACCUUCUCUUCACCAUCAAUCAAGAUUCCUUUUCGCAGAGGUUCUUUGAAGUUUUUGGGAGCAAUCCAGAAGAGUUUAGGUCUGCUUUGAAUGAUUACAUAUCAGCUGUGAAAAAGAUGGCAUGUGAUAUUCUUGAAAUGAUGGCUGAUGGUUUAAGGAUCCAACCAAGAACUGUGUUCAGUAAACUUUUGAUGGACGAACAGAGUGACUCUGUUUUUAGGCUAAAUCAUUACCCUCCAAUUCCAUGUCCAGGACCUGGGAUUCAAACUCUGAAUUCUAACAAUACGAUUGGCUUUGGAGAGCAUACAGACCCACAAAUUAUUUCUGUGCUGAGAUCCAACAACACAUCAGGCCUCCAAAUCUCUCUUGAGAAUGGCAACUGGAUUUCAGUCCCACCUGAUCAGAACUCCUUUUUCAUCAAUGUUGGUGACUCUUUGCAGGUGAUGACAAAUGGGAGGUUUAAAAGUGUGAGGCAUAGGGUUUUGGCAAACAGCAUGAGAUCCAGAGUUUCGAUGAUAUAUUUUGGUGGACCACCUUUGAGUGAGAAAAUAGCUCCAUUGCCCCCACUGAUAAAGGAAGAGGAGGAAAGCUUGUACAAAGAAUUUACAUGGUUUGAGUAUAAAAGAUCUGCAUAUAACUCAAGAUUGGCUGAUAAUAGGCUGGUUCUGUUUGAGAAAAUAGCAGCCUCAUGAUUUCCACAAAAUCAAGAACAAUUGCCUGGUGUUUACAUAUACUCUUUGAAUAGGUCUUUUUUUUUUUUUUUUUUUUUUAAUUUUACAUUGAUGAUGUGUUUGUAUACUUUUUGUUAAUAAGACAAUAAAUUUAUUCUCAUUA